AUGUCGUUAAAAACUGACUAUGAGGAAACGACACACUCGCAGCCAGAUUCCCAAGCUGCGGGCAAUUCGACCGGGCCCAAGCUCAGACUAUCCGAUCGCUUAGUUGAUGAGAGCUACAAGCUCUUUUCUACGGUACAUGUGUCAGAUCCCACGCCGGAAGAAGGCCGGAGAAUUCGUAACAAAUGCCUCUGGAGGAUACUUCCGUUCCUUUGCAUCGGGUAUCACCUGAUGUAUGUCGAUAAACAAACACUAGGAAGCUCAGCUAUACUAGGUAUCCUUGAAGAUGCACAUUUGAAUGCAAAUCAAUAUAAUCGGCUCUCAUCAAUAUUUUAUUUCGGCUACGCGGUAGCUGAAUGGCCACAAAACUGGGCUCUUCAACGCUUCCCUGUUGCCAAAUGGUUAUCUGGGAAUCUCAUAAUAUGGGGUGGUAUAACAUUGCUACAUAUUCCUUGUAACAACUUUGCAUCACUCUUCGUUGUCCGCUUCCUUCUAGGUCUGAGCGAAGCUUGUAUGGUCCCUGCGUUUUUGCUCUCCAUGUCCAUGUUUUUCACAUAUCAGGAGCAAGUCAUUAUGGUGUCAGUCAUGUGGUCUAUUGGCAAUUCCAGUCCAAUUACUUCUGGCUUUCUUUCAUAUGGAGUCUUAUGGAUUAAGACAGGAUCAUUUCACCCCUGGAAAUGGCUUAUGGUUAUCACUGGUGUGGUAACCAUUAUUUUCGGCAUUUUUGUGUAUCUACUCUUUCCUGACAGCCCACUCCAUGCGAAUUUUCUCACACACGAGGAACGGGCCGAGGCAGUUUUAAGGAUAAAGGAAAAUAACUCUGGCAUUGAAAAUAAACACUUCAAAAAACAUCAAUUCAUCGAAGCAAUCAGGGACCCUAAAACAUGGCUAUUUGCCUUGCAUGCCUUAUCUCAAGAGAUGGGAAACGGAAUUAACAACCAGACCUCGCUGAUUAUCAACUCGUUUGGGUUUACUGUCUUCCAAACAACGCUGCUUAGCACUGUAUCUGGCGUCAUAGCCUUUUUUACGCUCUCAUUAGCCGCAAUUACGCUAUACAAAACUCGGAAUGCUCGAGCUUGGAUAUCACUUGUUGCAUAUGUACCUGCUGUAAUAUCCAGUAUUCUGCUAUUAACUCUCCCGUGGUCCAACCGUUGGGGCCUAAUAGUUGGCGUUUGGCUACGAUAUACAACUGGUGUGCCGUAUGCUGUUGUUAUGAUAUGGGCGGCAAAUGCUUCAGCUGGUCACACAAAGAAGACCACUGUUAUUGCUCUCUAUCAUAUAGGAUACGGAUUAGGAAACAUUAUUUCACCUCAGCUUUUUGAGCCACGAUGGAAACCUCGAUAUAAACCCACGUGGGUCAUUUUAUUGAUCUUCUCUGCGAUUCUUCCUUCAGUUGUUAUUGGUGUCCUUCGAUUCUACUUAUGGCGCGAGAAUAAACGCCGUGACAAACUAGAAGCGGAAAAUCUUGUAACGAGUAACGGUUUUGUAGAAACCACAAAUACUGACGGAAGUAAAGUUAUCCAUGAAGUGGACGCUAAUCAGUUGGAUUUAACAGACAGAGAAAAUCUCAAAUUGUGA